AUGUUUCUCGACACACUAUCCAAGACACCAGGUAUUCUAACCCCUUUUGAUGCCGAGUUCAAUAGGGGGGUAGAUCGUCCAACAGCAUCGGGAUGCAAUGAAAGCAACGGACAACCUCAUCAAGCUAGAGGUGUAGCUGUUGGCACUGUAGCUAUGCAGUCGUUAGGAAGCAAACUCACCGGUACGGGAGAGCGUCCAGGGGCGAAGGAGCAUGAUUCUCUAUCAGCGUUUCCACGAAGGGGGUCAGAAGGCUUCGUGCUUACUUCCGAACAAGUCCAAGAAUUGCGCGCACUAGUUUGCUCGGGUCAGGCCUUGACUAUUGCUGCCGGAAGCCUAUAUCAAGCAGCCGCAUUUAAUGGCAACUUACUUCACGCUUUGAAACUACCCCAUGUGGUUGUUGUUCCGACCACUGUCAAGGAGAUUCAAGAUAUAAGCUUUGGCCCCAAGGGAAUUACCUUCGAUCUUGAUAGUACGCCCAAAACCGCAACUAUUCCGGCAGGAUGCCGAUGGGGCGAUGUCUAUAGAUGCUUGGAGGAAGCAGGUCGUAGCGAAAUGGUUCUGGGAGGGCGAUGUGCUUCAGUCGGCGUUUCAGGUUUUACUAUGGGCGGGGGCGUUAGCCCGUUUUCUCGUCAGUAUGGUCUAGGGAUAGAUAGCGUUCUUAGCUUCAGGCUCAUCACUGCCGAUGGGGACGACAUCACCGUUGGUCGGAAAGAUACUUGCGAAAGGAAGAAGAACCUGUUUUGGGCUUUACGGGGUGGAGGCGGGGGUAACUUUGGGGUCCUUGUCGAGUUCACUACCCAACUCCACGACCUUGGUAACAAUGAUGGGAUGGUAAUUGGCGGAGGUUUUUCCUGGAAGUUCCCCGAGGGCCAGUCCAAGUUCAAAGAAAUGAUCGACAAGCUUAAUUCGCAUGAUCAACCAUGGCCUAACGAACUCACCAUGAAUGUACUUUGGCGGGGGGACCGAGGGCAGUUGACGGUAGUAUACGAUGGAACUGAGGAGAAUCUCCACAGACACAUCGAACCCUUGACAGGCUUUGGAGGAGAGUCAAAUUUCAAGCUAUGCAAGUGGUCAAAUAUUGCUAUUCAAGAACAAGGAUGGGGCCCAGGGAGCCCGGCAUUCCAUCAUCACACCCCCUUCAUCUACGGUCAUCGUGCUUUGAGCUCAGACUUCAUUUCGAAAGUAGACACGAUCAUGGAAGAGCUACGUGGAGUACUAAGUAGAUACGACCCAAACGGGAAGGCAUAUCUAACUUGGGUUCAUGUCGGGGGAAAGGCUGCAGAGGUUGGCGCAAAGGACACAGCGUUCUAUUGGCGCGAUGCUUCGUACGUCAGCUACUUAAAGCUCCAGUGGUACAAUCGUCACGCGACAAACGCAAUGAUCGACUACGUGCGAAAGGUCAAGCAGAAGUUACUCCCGUACACAUUACAAGGCAAAGCGGCUUAUGUAAACUUUACCGACCCAACUAUUCCUAACUGGCAAGAUGCGUACUAUGGAGACAACUACCCUCGUCUCCAGCAGGUCAAAAAAGACUGGGACCCUGAUAACUUCUUCCGCUUUGAGCAAAGCAUCGAGCUGCCAGGACAGAAGGCUUUAAUGCCGUAUGCUGACCACUUUACUUUUGUGCAUGAAACGCUAUCUCCAUACGACAUGGGUCUGAAUACAGAUACCGGGAGGAGCUUAGACAAGGCGAUCGAGCAAAUCAAGGAUGAUUGGUACGCACACUCGCUACCCUGCACAGAGGAGCUUUGGAGCAUGGAGGACCCAUCGGAAGAUGAGGUGCUGGAGGUUAUCAGAAAGCAAUGUAUGCUCUAA